UACCCAGCGGGCCGCGCGGCGGCGGAGCGUUGUCGUGGCGCUCGCGGGGUGAUUGAGCCGGGUGGCUGAGCGGGAGCUGGGCCGCGACCGCCCCGCCGAGCCCCCCUGCUCGCAGCCGCCGCCGCCGCUCCCCUCCUUCUUCUCCUCCUCCUCCUCCUCCUCCUCCUCCUCCUCUGACAGCCCCGGGCACGGCCAUGAGGCGCGCGGGGCUGGGUGAUGGAGCACCUACUGGUAACUAUGGCUAUACCAAUAGUGGAUACAGUGUAUAUGAAGAAGAAAAUGAAAGGUUAACAGAAAGUCUGCGUACAAAAGUCAGUGCCAUUAAAUCACUUUCCAUUGAAAUUGGAACGGAAGUUAAAAAUCAAAAUAAAAUGUUAUCAGAAAUGGAUAAUGACUUUGACUCUACGGGCGGACUUCUAGGUGCAACUAUGGGCAGACUGAGAACACUCUCCAGAGGGAGCCAGACAAAACUAUUAUGCUACAUGAUGCUUUUCUCAUUGUUUGUUUUUUUUGUAAUAUACUGGAUUAUUAAACUGAGGUGAUGAAAGUUAUCUUCAGUUUAAUUGGUGUAAUUUCAACCAUAAAACAGUGUGAAUUAAUACUGUGAUCUAAACUGGCAUAUUCUGUUAAAACAUGAUAUUGCUGAUAUACAUUUUUCUUAAUGUAUUAGAAUUUUUCCCAUCAACCCCUGUUUUAGGUAGAUUAUUUGUAAAUAUGCAGAAAUCACUAGCACGCUAGGUUGCCUUUUUUAGGGAAGAAUAUUUUUUUAGAGUUAGAAAAUCCUCCAAAACAAAGAUUGUUCAGAUGUGAAGAAUCACAGAACUACAGAGCUUUCUUUUUGAUUCUACUUUUCAUUUGGGACCAUGCUCUAAAUUAGAGCUCCAGUUUCAGGCAUAUAGUAAUUUUGGGGUUACAGAAGCACAAAGAAUACUUGGAUAUUACUGAAUUGAAUUUUUUUUAUGGAUUUCUAAAGGAUUGGCCUGAAGCUAACAAAUAUAAAAAUGAUCCCCCAGAAACUAUUUUUGAUGCCCAAAGGGAUGAGGGCUAAUAGUCUACAGAUUUUGGAAGCUUAAAAUUUGUGUUUUAGGGAGAAGCUGUGUAAAACUGGAUUUUUUUUUAAUGUGGCUAAGAAAUGCUUAGACAUUGCUUUAAGCAAAUACCUUUGGUCAUUCAGAUCAACCAAUAUGGACACAAUACAAAUGUUUUCCAUAUGCUUUAUAUUUAUAGUAUCUGAAAUUUACUGAUUCCAUUGAAUCACUAGAACUUUUACUAGUAGUAUGUUCACUUUUCCAUCAAUAAUGAUCUCUAAAGCUGCAUGAUAUCUGAAAUGUGAGGUCAGAUAUUUUGACUUUUAUAUUGAGGUGUAUAAUGAUGCACCUGUUGAAGGUGCUGUCAUGUUAACCUUUUUUUUUUUUUAUGACUUAGCUUUGGCUCACCAAAUAGUUUCUUAUACUUGAAGCUAUUACAUUGCUGAGUUCAGUGUUUACAGAAUCAAGUUUCCUAGCAAUUGAAACUGUAUCUAAAUUUUUUUGAAUAACUUUUCUAGAAGUACUGUAUAGGGUGUUGCCCUGAAUAACUUAAUUACAAACUGAUAAAUAAAGCAUUCUGUAGUACUCUAGCUGGUAUGUAGUUUGCUUAUACACAUUCUUUUCUAAUGCAGAAUAUCAAGCUCGUUUUGGAAAUGUUGCUGCAUGUAAGGAGUUAGAAUUGUGAGAGGAUCACAAUUAAAAUAAGAAAUGGAGGUGUAUGCUACCUGGUUCUUUCAUGUUAGAUUUCAUAUAUUAACAAAAAUAUGGCAGAUAAAUCAUGUGUCUGAUACAAUACAUUUAUCCUGAAUGUGUAAAAGUAAAUAAAGUGCAAGUAUUUCUAGCUGA